AUGCUUUCUUUUCUACGAAGGAUCAAAAGGUGGCGCGAAGAACGCAAGCUCAUCGAGAGCGUGGAGAAACAGGAUAAUCAAAUAGCCCAAACACCCCUAGUCGCCCUAAACCAUGAAGAGAGUGAGUUUAUCAAGAACGUGAAGGAACGGAAUAAUCAACAAGCGCAAGAGCUCCUCGCCGCCUUACACAACCUGCAGUACACCAUGGACCCGCUCAUAUCCGCUAAGGUCUAUAACAUUCGUUUCCGUCCACUUACUAGCCGGUUGCCAGAUGAACUCCUCCUCUGUGCUCGGCUUCGCCGCAAGCCCCACUGCUACGCCUGCGACAGUCUUCAUAGCGUUUAUGAAUUUUCCUCUGAGUACCAGCAAUCUUCGAGCCAUCAGCCAGAACGACGGUGCCCAGGGCAGCAGGGAUCGGUCAAGUUAUAUAAGCAUAUUCAAAUCAAUUGGGCCAGUAUCAAAGCCCAUAUUGAUGACUGGCGGCGGCAGCAGCUGUAUCGCGGAGGAGACUGGCAAGCCUGCCUUGAUAACUUCAACAUCGAGUGUCACGAUGCCAGCCAUGACAUAAGCUGCAAAGCCUCAGAUGAGCCAACCUGGCCUCGAGCCCGUCUGAGCACUAUAUCCAUCGACUCCAUCAGCCCAGGCACUGUAGUCCUCAGUAUAGAAUGGGCACCUCAUAGCCGCAUUGGUACGAUGGAUCUCACUGCAGACGGUCGAAUACCUGCACCAGAGCUGAGAUCGCCAUUUCAGAGACUUCGAGGUUUAGGCCCUGCCAACACUUUGUAUCCUGCGUCCCAUCUGGGCGAUUCACCCGAGAUGGCGUUCUUUGACCCACUUUCCCACCGUCGGCAUUUUGUUCACUACCAGAAUGGAGACGAUGAUCAAACAAGACCUCUACCACCCCCGCCCCUAUAUCUACCGUUUCAGAAAAGAAUGAGUCUGGAAUUGCUACUUAUUCUUCAAAGAGGGCUUCAUGGCAAGAAGCUAGAUAUGGAACUGCAUUCUCUGAGAAAUGAUGGUGAUACCUCCAUCUCCUCAUACUAUCUCACACUUCAUUACAAGACAGACAUCAUAGUCUGCAAGGUGAUGGACCUGGCGGAUCCUACUGUCAAGAUCGUCCCCACCGACUGUUGGCUACACGCCAUGGAUACGCAAACUUACCCGCAGGCAAGCCAUGUCAAGCCCCAGUGUAGGAACAUUGCUUGUGUCAAUUACUUCAAGAGACGCAAAGGCCGCCACUACUGCGAGGGCCGGUAUUUCCUAUAG